AUGAAGGCAGCAACUGAUGCUGUGCGCACGCGAGGGGUGCGCGAUCGGCCACGGCGCGAUCCGUCCUGCGGGGCCAACCGGCCAGGACGGCCACCAGAGCUGGGCCCGCCACGAAGCGAUGCCCUCGGUGAGUGCGGACAGCCCCUGCCACGGUGCUCAGUCCCCCCGAACGGCAGAAGCACGGGGCCCCGGCCACCCCGGCCCCACGGUGUCACCAUGCGCGCCGGCGUCCGCCCUUCACCUUUCCGAACUAGCGGGGCUCACGGGGCCCGGCAGCUUCCCGAAGGCGUCAGGCUCGCCGGGACGAACGCGACGGAAACGCCGCCCCGACGGGGCCCGCGGAGCCCCACGCGCCCCCGCGCCGCGCCCGGCCCGGCUGACCCCACUGUCCUGUCCCCCGCCCGGGCGGCGGGACCCCGGCACCCGCCACCGCCGGGCCGCGCAGCGGGCGGGACAAAGGCCCGGAACCACACUCCGCCCCCGCACGGCGGGGCCCGAGCUUCUGCCGCCCCACCGACCAGCGGAACGCGAGGCCAGGCCGCCGCGCAGGCCCGGAGUCCCCGCCCAGGGUCUCGGCCGCCACGCGGUGGCCGGCGAGGAGCGGGGAGCGCGGCGGGAGGCGCGGGGCGGGACGGGGGGGGCCUCACCUGCCGGGUCCGGCGGGAACACGAGCGGCUCCGGGAGAGCAGCCGAGCAGCAGCCGCCGCCGUUCCCCGCGCGACGCUGAGGGCCGCGAUCUGGAGCCCUGCAGUCCCGCCCCCGGCGAGACCGCCCUGGGCUCCCAUUGGUCCGCAGGCCUUUGAAUCGUCACCGGCGCUGGCGAUUGGUCCAGGCCGAGGCGCGUCGGCCCCGCCCCCCCCCGCCGCGCCCUGCCGCGCCGAGGCUGGCUGUGCUCUCCGCCUUAUCUCCGCCGCCCAGGCGCCCGCGCAGCCGCCGGCCCGCGCGCUCCCGCCCUCGCCAUCGCGGCGAGGCGCCGAUGAGGCCUUGGGGCGGGGUGGCCCGGCCCGGAACCGAGACCGAGAGAAAAGCUGCGAAGAAAACAGCGAUCCCGCACGGCGACCACUAGAGCCGCGCUCACGCCCGGGCCGGGCCCGCUCUGUCGUGCCGGCCGCGCAGAGCCCGGCUCGCCGGCUCGGUGCCCCGUUGUCCCCGAAUCUGCUGUGGAUCGCACCCUUUCCCCCGCAAGCUGUCAGUGUUG